UGUCACUUUAAAGCUGUCAAAACUAUGGCCUUACGUGUGUUUCUUUUAUUUGUGUUUGGAAAUAAUAUUGCAAUUUACGAUGAAAUCUAAAUUAUUUACAGUGACUAACUUCGCGAUAACAUCAAUAAGCUUAGGUUUCAUUCAUAUCAGUAAUCAUGCUGUUUUUAGAUAGAUCGAAGCGUACCGAAGCAAUGUCGUUCGAAUCCAAAAAGCACUUCCAAAUAAAUAUGAUUAUAGAUAAGUGUAAAACCGUGUUAAUUUUAUCAAGUGUUAUUUGUACUUUUGGUGUGUUAAUUUCUUUACACAAGCUACUCAGUCACGAUGUUAGAUUGGCAAAGCCGUUUUCGCCCAUACCAGCUGGUUUAUAUGGAAAUUAUCUCGAGCCGUUCGUCGAGGAAUUUCCAUCAGAGACGAAGAAACCUGAUAAGGCUCGUGACGCGGAAGCUGUAGUAUCUUUAAACGCUGCGCUAGAGAUGAAAAAAAAUGGUAAGGCUGAUAAAGCUAUGAAACUGUUCCAACACGCAUUCGCACUAUCUCCAAAACAUGCAGAUAUAUUAAAUCAUUACGGAGAGUUUUUAGAGGAAACCAAAAAAGAUAUUGUUAAAGCAGAUCAGUUAUAUACCUUAGCUUUAACUAAUUAUCCAGAUCACACUGGAGCAAUGGUGAAUAGACAACGCACAGCUAGCAUAGUUGAAAAUUUGGACAGAGAAAUGUUACGAAAAAUAGACGAGAAACGAGAUACACUACUCUCUAUACCUGAAAAUAAUGCUGCACUAUGCAGAGCAAAGAAAGAAGCUUAUUUCCAACAUAUUUAUCAUACUGUUGCUAUAGAGGGGAACACAAUGACUUUACAACAAACUCGUAGCAUUCUAGAGACUAGGAUGGCAGUAGCAGGCAAGAGUAUAGCUGAACAUAAUGAAAUCUUAGGCUUAGACGCAGCUAUGAAAUAUAUUAACACCACUUUACUAUAUCGACUAAGAGACAUAACAAUGGGUGAUAUAUUAGAAAUCCAUAAAAGAGUUUUAGGGCAUGUAGAUCCAGUGGAAGGAGGGCACUUCAGACGGACCCAAGUGUAUGUUGGGGGUCACAUUCCACCUGGACCUUCAGAGAUUCAAAAGCUUAUGACCCAAUUUCUAGAAUGGUUGAACUCUGAAGAUGCAUUAGAGUUGCACCCUGUAAGAUAUGCUGCUCUCGCACACUAUAAACUAGUCUAUAUCCAUCCAUUUAUCGAUGGAAAUGGGCGUACUUCCCGUUUGCUAAUGAACUUGCUACUGAUGCAGGCUGGAUACCCACCUGUGAUCAUAACAAAACAACACAGACAUCUCUACUAUCAAUAUUUACAGACCGCUAAUGAAGGAGAUGUAAGACCAUUUGUAAGAUUCAUAGCGCAAUGCACAGAACGCACAUUAAACUUGUACCUGUGGGCUACCAGUGAAUACAGCCCAAGUAUUCCAGCCAUUGGACACCCGCACAUACUCACUGGAGAAGGUUUUGAAGAAGAACUCUUUUGAUCUGACCUCUAUUACAGCUCCGAAAAUCAACAGGCAAUGUAAUCCAUACGAAAAAGCCAGAGUUUAUACCAAAAUUUUAAAAAUUAUUUUGCUAUUUAAACCUUUGAAGAUAGUUAAUUUUAUCAUUCAAAGUUUCAAAACAUAUUUAUGUAAGCCAACUGAUUUUCAUAAUGAAAUAACUGUAACGGCACUGCUUUAGUUAAUAACUAAAUUAGUAAACAAUAGUUCCAUGAUCAAACUCAUAGAUACCAAGUAAUCAUUUGUCAGAUCUCAAAAAGUUUACUCUCAUUCAUGCUUGCUUUUAAUUAUUAUGAAUUUAAGCAAAUCAUAUGGGCAUGGCAGUAUUAUUAUCUCAGCCUCAUAGCUACAUCAUGUAUGUUUUAUUGCGAUAAUUUUUAAGUGAAAUAAAUUAAACAAAUUAAUCAGGCAAAGCUAAAUUACAAGAACGAUAAUUUGAUCGCGUGUCGAUAACGGAAACUCAGAUUUCGCAUAUACCUCAAUUAUUUAGUAAAUAUGUUUUUAAAGAUUUCAGUUGAAAUAAUAUUGUUUGAUUCCUAGCAUAAAAUACUAUAGAUAUAAAAAAUAACUUCCUUUUAUAUAAGUAAUUACUAAAUUAUAUAGCAAAUGAAAAUAUUUUUCUAUUAAAAAUUUGGUAUUUAUAUUUUAACUUCCAGAUAUCGUCCUUUUUUUAUUUAAUUUUUUUAGUUUUGUUUAAUUACGUUAGAGGAUUAGUAAAAUUAAUAUUUAAAGUGCAAUUUGGGUUUAUUUAUUAUUAUUUGAAAUAAUGGCAUCCAAAAACAAUCUUUAUUGUUUUAGUUAAUAUCUCAAGUGCAUUUACUUGUAACCUGCAGGCAGGUAUCAUUAUAUACAUUUCAUGCUGCCACUACUUUCAAUGUGUGAAUUUUAUAGAGAAAGAGUUAUACACUAUGGACCAUGAACCAUUUUGUAAAAAGUAUUUAUUAAUUAUCAUAACGAACCAUGAUGUACAAACAAUUCUCCAGAAGCUGUACUCACCGCGAUUUGGUUUCCGCAUGACACUGACAUCGGCAAUCGGCAUGACAUAACGAUUGUUUAAUAUUGAUUAGGUAAUUCGAUUUUUUUUGAUAAUUAACUACAGCUUUUCUGUAACCGUAUAAAAAAGGGAAAAUAAAAAAUACAGAAAUGAUCAAUUUCUUAAAGAAUUUUCUACUUUGCACCAUAACUUGUCAUGUAAAUAUGUAUUUAUUUUACAAGUAUGUUCUGUGAUAACAUGUUAUUUAUUUAGGUAAGAAAUUAUUAAUAGUGAAUGUUUGUUUAUUAAUGAGUGUUAUAUUCCUUUUUUUAUUUCAUAAAAAUUUAACCUUAUCAGUAAAUAAUGUACAUUUCUAAUCAAAUAUAUGUAUAUAAUACCUUGUGUGUCUUCCAAAACAUUUAUUUUUUCUAGUUCCUAUUUUCUUGUACAAAAUCCAUAACUGUAAAUUAUUCGAAUAUAACACUUUUAU